AUGGCGUCCAGCCUGGAUACCCGAUAUUGCGUAUUCGAGGAGGAUGGUGGCUCCGGAAACUUGGGCCAGCGCAACACCAAUGAUACAGAUACGAGAACCAAGGCAACCCAUGUCGAGUUUCUCAGUUGCGGCAUUAUUGCCACCGUCUCCUGCUUGGCAUACGGCACCUGGGAUGGGAAAAAGGCAGCCAUGCUGGUCCUGCAGUUCAGGCUGCGCGCCCCAGAAGGUAAUUUUCGAUUCAAACGGGCUGAACUGUCGCUCAAGUUCGAGUCGCAAGCAUCGGACCAAGCUCAUCCGGUCAUUCGAAGAGUACGCCCAAAGAAUAACCGUACGACAAUCUCGUCACUUCCAUCGCAAGCAUCGCUGCGUUCCCCAUCACCGUCAACCCAGCUUCCAUCCUCCGGAACGCAGACGCCGAAUUCAUUCGUGCUUUGGCCCGCCGCUCGUUAUUCCAUUUCGAACACUGAGUGGCUCGGAAAAUCUGAGGACGAGCCAAACCAAGUUGGCUGGAGACUGAUGGAACCUCGGCAGAGCAAAUUGGGCAUCUGCGAUGCGAUUCCUCUGGGCGUUAUCGUGACAUUCUCCGGGCCCUUCCGGGCUGAGGUCCGAGCUAAUGCAACCAGCUUCUUAGGAGCCAAACUUGACAAUUGGCCGUGGUCACGAGACGAUCCUUUAUUAUUCGAUGGGGUGACGACCAAGGGAUGGCAGCUUGCUGCGACUGACUUUCUAGAAAUGAGCGACCAAGAUCUAGACACAUUCCUGAUUGAAGAAGGGCGGGGUGGACCAUUGUCAUGUAAUAAUACAUUGAGUCCUUCGAAACCGAUCGAAGCACAGGCGCACAUGGUUGGGGAGCAGUCGACCAAGGUGUAUCGGGCUCAGGGUAUCCCGAGCGACAUGACCUAUGAGGACUUCAUCCAGACUGUUUCAAAUAUUCUGAAACUGCCGAAAGACUCUGUCGAGGUCAAAGCUUUCUCCUCCAAAGAAAAAACAGCCAUUAUGUCUUUGAGUUGCGUGUCACCGGAAAUGCAUGCGUGCGCGUUCGAUAAAUCAUGGCAAAUUCAAAUUCCCACAAUAGAUACAUCCGAUAACAAACUCCAUGCAUUCACUAGUACGAUCAAAUUCGACAGGGACUUUCUGGGCUUCACAAGUCUAGGUCACAGCAAUGAUUCGCUGAAAGCCAAUGUUGACAUCAUUGCCGUUCAUGGUCUUGGAGGCCAUGCCUACGGGUCCUUCAAGCAGCGAGGAAACAAUUUCAUGUGGCUGUCGGAUGCUCUUGCGCAUGACCUUUCCCAGAUGACAAUCGCAAACAGGCCGAUACGACCGAGAAUUCUCAUCUACGGAUACAAUGCCCGUGUAGACGAUAGCAACUCAUUCCAGAGCAUCAAAGAUUUGAGCAUACAACUGAGACGGCUACUCAGAGAGAUACGUCGAGACGAUCCAACCAGGCCCAUAAUAUUCAUCGGCCACAGCCUAGGCGGACUUUUGAUCAAAGAACUACUCAUCCAACAGUGUCAAUCAGAGAACGAUAUAGACGGGUCCAGCUUCGCGUCGUGUAUAGAAUGCUUGUUCUUUGGUGUCCCGAAUCGGGGGAUGGAUAUCAGUGCGCUCCUCGCCAUUAUCGGAUCUCGACCAAACACAGACUUCUUGACCUCUUUGAGCAUCGACUCAGCUUUUCUCCAAGACCAAGCUACUUUGUUUCCUGAAACCUUUCGUUCUCGUGACGCGGUUGUGUAUUCUUUCUAUGAGACGUGUGUGUCCAACACGGCCAAGAUGGUUGAUGGCAAACUGGCCAUGACAGGGGAUCCAGUGGUGCUGGUAGAUGAGGAUUCGGCCACACACAGCCGCCCGUGGGAGAUGGAAGGGACGGAUCAUCGGAUUCCAAUCCGACGCUCGCAUGCCGACUUGGUCAAGUUUGAGCAGUAUAGCCCAGACUACGUCAUGGUUCAGGGCUGUAUCAGAGAUGUUCUGAAUCGUCACUAUUCUAUAUAA